AGAGGGCCAUACUUCCUUGGAAUGGCCUAGUCAUCUGUGACUGCGGCUCGCUCGCCUUCAUUGUCUCUUCCUGAGGUCUUGGCCAUGGGACAUCUUCUGGUGCUGCUCCUUUGAGAUAGGAACCCUCCAACCCUGCCGGCUGGGAGGCGGGUGGGCAGGAAAUCUUCUCUGAGGACUGCUCACCUCUCCACACUCACUCUGGAAAUGGCCAAUUGUAAGGAGUUCACGGCCCACACAGGCUAUGAGACCCUUCUGCAGAGGCUGCUGGAUGGGAGGAAGAUGUGUAAGGAUGUGGAGGACCUGCUGAAACAGAGGGCCCAAGCGGAAGAAAGAUACGGGAAAGAGCUGGUCCAGAUUGCCCGGAAAGCAGGUGGACAAAGUGAGAUCAACACGCUGAAGGCCUCCUUUGAAAUCCUGAAACAACAAAUUGAAAACGUGGGAAACUCUCACAUCCAGCUGGCGGUCAUGCUGAAGGAUGAGCUCAAGAGCAUUGAAGAGUUCCGAGAAAGGCAGAAGGAACAGAGGAAAAAGUACGAGAUAGCCAUGGACCGAGUUCAAAAGAGCAAGCUGUCCCUCUACAAGAAGACGAUGGAGUCCAAGAAGACCUACGACCAGAAGUGCAAGGAUGCGGAUGAGGCAGAGCAGGCCUUUGAGCGCAUCAGCUCUCAGGGCAACCAGAAACAGGUGGAAAAGAGUCAGAACAAAGCGAAGCAAUGUAAGGAUGCAGCCAAUGAAGCAGAGCGGAUGUACAAACAAAAUGUUAACCAGCUGGAGAAGGCCCGGUGUGACUGGGAGCAGGAACACCAGCAGACCUGUGAGGCCUUUCAGCUCCAGGAGUUUGAUCGACUCACCAUUCUCCGGAACUCCCUCUGGGUCCACUGUAAUCAGCUUUCCAUGCAGUGUGUCAAAGAUGAUGAGUACUACGAGGAUGUCCGGAUAAGUCUAGAGGGCUGCAGUAUAGAGGCCGACAUAGACUUCUUCAUCCAGCAUAAAAUGACGGGAACAGAACGGCCAGAGGCCAUUCUCUAUGAGAACUACUAUGAUCGAAACCCCAAUGGAGGCUCCCACAGUCCCAACCUUUACCCUGCGUGUGGCAUGAUUAAGAGGUUCUCAGGGUUGUUACAUGGGAGCCCCAAAAACACCACCGAGAAUGUCGUCCCCUCAGCCCCUCCUGCAGGCCUCAUGUCCGCCCCUCUGCAGAAGAAUGACAUUGUCUACGCUGACAUUAUGCAAACUAAUUUAGCCCCAGAAACCUUGGCCCAGGACUACAGGGUGCUCUACGACUAUACAGCCCAGAAUGCUGAUGAGCUAGACAUCACUGCUGGAGACAUCUUGGCAGUCAUCCUGGAGGGGGAGGAUGGCUGGUGGACAGUUGAGAGGAACGGGCAGAGGGGCUUUGUUCCAGGUUCCUACCUAGAGAAGCUCUGAAGGAGCCCUAACCCCCCUCCCCUCUGCUCCACUCUGGAUCACGCCCACUGCCCUGGAAGAGAUGCCCUCCAACCCUGCCUGACUUCACUUCUGGGGCAGCUCACCUCGCUGGGCUGAGCCUUCUAAGGGCCCACGCCUGGGGAAGUGGGAAGGCAGUCAUGUGUGACGGGGACAAAAUCGAUUGGGAGUCGGGGAGACGGGGGCUAGGCCCAGUUCUGUCCUUAGUUCCACGUGUGCAAGCCUCUCAGACUCAGUUUUCCCAUCACGGGACUAAAGAGUUAGAUUAGAUUGUUUUUAAGUUCCCUCCCAGCUCUGACAUUCUAAAGUCCCUUCCAUCUUUGACAUUGUCUGUUCUAAGUUCCCUCCCAGCUCUGACAUUCCAUGUUCUAAAGUCGCUUCCAUCUUUGACAUUGUCUGUUCUAAGGACCCUCCCAGCUCUGACAUUCUGUGUUCCCACACACACACGUGUGCGACAAUUAAGAGUCAAAGGAUGUGGUCCUUCCUGCAGGAGCUCAGAGGAGAAAGAACAGGAGGAGACAGAGAUUUCCUGGAGGGGGUGGGAUGUCGGCUGUCUCUGGGAGAAUGGGAACUAUCUGAUGGGGGAAAAACGGGUGGAUGUUCUAGGCUAGCAAGAGUGAGAGAGCAAAAGCAUAAAGCAUAAGCAAAGGCAUAUAGGAAGGAAAUGAACCAGGAAUAGUAUCGAGAGUGGGAAUAGGGGUCUGGGGGUGGGGCAGAGGGACAGGGAGAGAAGUAGCCACACUAAACUGUAGACUAUGGAGGGCAAAGUGAUGUACAAGGGAGGCUGGGUUGGAAAGACAGAGGGAGGGAGGCAGAGAAAGAGAGACAGAAGCAGAGACAACGAAGAGAGACAGAGAGACACAGAAACAGGAAGAGAGAGACAGAGAGAGAGAGGAGAGAUAGAAGAGAAAGGAGAGAGGGAGAAAGGAAGACAGACACGGUCAGGCCUACAGCAUAGACUUCUGGGUGCCCCCCACUCCUCACCCCUUGAAGAGGCUUGUUAGGCUCAAAAGUGUUAGAACCCCAGCAGGGCUAAGUCCCACCUGUGUUGCCUCUGGUGUGAUUUCAGGCAAGUCACAUCCCCUCCAAGGAACUCAGUUUCUUCUCCUGUAAUAACACCUGUUACCCACCUCACAGGAUGACUGUGAGGUUUAAAGGAGAUAGCACCCGCUAACAUGCUUUGCGAACUUUAAAUCGCUUUCUCAAAAUUGCUGUUAUUGUUACUAUUAGCACCCUCCUCACUUUACAGAUCCUGCUCAUGUCAGAGAUGGGAUUUAAACCCAGAUCUUCCUCUUCCGCCCUCCACCUAGGGUCUCACAAGCCUCAUCAUCAGCAAAUAUUCCCAUACAUCUGACCUUUGUGUCUCCUGUUACAAGAUUAUAAAUACAAACAGAAAAAAAGACAGCUCCUGCUUUCCAGGAGCUCAACAUCUAUAAAAUGAAAAGGGGUGGGGAUGGGGGAGAAGGUAGCCCCUCUGGGGGGUGGGGACAUAGUGGAGAAAGUCCAGAGAUGCCUAGAGUGGAGAAACAGAUCUUAGCUCAACAACAGAGAAAAACUUUCCAACAACUGGAGUUAUCAACAAGCAUUUAUUGAAGUACCUACUAUGCUAAGCACAGAGGAUAUAGAGGCAGGCAAAAAAACAUGGUACCUGCCCU